CACUCAUCCCAACACUACCACUUUUCUCCCUCUCCACCACUUCGCUUUACAAGCACCCCAUACCUCACUCUCCCUACACACUCAUUCACCUUUUAUUCACAAUGAUGCUCAAGUCCGCUGUCGCCGUUACCCUCUUCGCCGCCACUGCCGUUCUCGCCCAGUCUCGCCCCCAGAUCAACACCCCCGGUGCCCUCACUGAGUGCCAGCCCGUCCUCCUCACCUGGUCGGGUGGCCAGGGCCCUUACUUCGUCUCGGUCAUCCCUGGUGGCCAGCCCGGUGCCGCUGCUCUUGUCGACUUCGGCUCGCAGUCGGGCAACCAGCUCACCUGGAAGGUCAACCUCCCCGCUGGCACCAACAUCUCGCUCAAGAUUGUUGACCAGACCGGUAACACCAACUACGCCCAGGCCGUCAACAUCCAGAAGGGUUCGGACGAGUCGUGCGUUGGCAAGCCCAUUGACAACGCCGCCGCGUCGGGUGGCUCGACCCCCUCGGCCGCUGCUGGUGGUGCCGCCUCCGGUGCCGCUUCGGGUGCCGCUGGUGGUGCUUCGGGCUCCGCCGCCGCCCCCACCACCGCCGCUGGCGCCUCGCCCUCGGCCGCUGCUGGUGGUGCUUCGCCCUCGGCCGGUGGUGCUUCGCCUUCGGCCGCCAAGCCCUCGACCGCUGCCGGUGGUGCCUCGUCUGGCGCCGCCGCCCCUUCGGGCUCGGCCUCGCACGCCGCUGGCUCGUCGGGUGCCGCUGCCCCCUCGGCCUCGGCCUCGAAGCCCUCGUCGGCCAACAAGAUCAUCGCCUCGACUGGCCUUGUUGCCCUCCUCGGCGCCGUUGCCCUCCUCUUCUAA